GUUGCAGUGUAUCUAACGUGAAUGCAGACGGAGCAGCCGAGGAUGGAGCAGAGGGAGAGAAAAGCCUCCGUGUCACAUCUCACCUCUCAGAAAUCACUUCUGCCACCCAGGACCCUCAUUUAAAUCACACCCACGCUGUCACUUCUUUUCUUCUUCUUUUUUUUACUCUGUAUUUGUCCCCUUUUUUCCCCCCAUCAAUUCCUCCGCUGCCAUCUGCGCGCCGGUCCACCUCACUUCACCCAUCUGUCAACACACAGCGCCGGCUUCGCCUGUGUGUCAGUGGAAGGAGAGGAAAUCCAGCUAAAAACCACUGAGAGAAAUACCAUUUUCCGCGAGUUCUCACGCCUUCUGUCGCUGCUACAAUCGACAUGGAUGAAGACAAUCACGUUCCUGAGGAUCUGUCCCUGGAGGAGAGGGAUGAGCUAUCAAACAUUCGGCGGAGGAAGAGAGAGCUGCUCGAUGAUAUUGAGAGGUUGAAGUUUGAGAUAGCAGAAGUCAUGACGGAGAUCGAGCAGCUGACGUGUGUUGGAGAAAGUAAAACAUCCCAGAGAAACAAACAGAUCGCCAUGGGCAGGAAGAAAUUCAAUAUGGAUCCCAAAAAGGGAAUCCAGUUCCUGCUGGAGAACGACCUCCUUCAGCACACUCCCGAAGACAUCGCUCAGUUCCUCUACAAAGGCGAGGGCCUCAACAAGACCGUCAUCGGAGACUACUUAGGCGAGCGGGAUGACUUCAACAUCAAGGUGCUUCAGGCUUUUGUGGAGCUGCAUGAGUUUGCAGACCUAAACCUCGUCCAAGCACUACGGCAGUUUCUGUGGAGUUUCCGUUUGCCAGGUGAAGCCCAGAAGAUUGACCGUAUGAUGGAAGCCUUUGCCUCACGGUACUGCCAGUGUAACCCUGGAGUCUUCCAGUCGACAGAUACCUGCUACGUGUUGUCGUUUGCCAUCAUCAUGCUGAACACCAGCCUUCAUAACCCCAAUGUCAGAGACAAGCCCCCAGUCGAGCGUUUUAUCUCCAUGAACAGAGGCAUCAAUGAGGGAGGGGAUCUGCCAGAGGAGCUUCUCAGGAACCUUUACGACAGCAUCAAAAACGAGCCCUUCAAAAUCCCAGAGGACGACGGGAACGAUCUGACGCACACAUUCUUCAACCCUGACAGAGAAGGCUGGCUCUUAAAACUCGGUGGCCGGGUGAAGACUUGGAAGAGGAGGUGGUUUAUUCUGACCGACAACUGCCUCUAUUACUUUGAAUACACAACAGAUAAAGAGCCUCGUGGGAUUAUUCCUCUGGAAAACCUCAGUAUCAGAGAGGUGGACGAGCCAAGAAAACCUAACUGCUUUGAGCUCUACAACCCUAACCACAAAGGUCAGGUGAUCAAGGCCUGCAAGACAGAAGCGGACGGGCGGGUCGUCGAAGGCAACCACGUAGUGUACAGGAUAUCGGCCCCCACUCCAGAGGAGAAGGAGGAGUGGAUCAAAUCCAUCAAAGCGAGCAUCAGCAGGGAUCCUUUCUACGACAUGCUGGCCACCAGGAAGAGGAGGAUAGCCAAUAAGAAAUGAUGACUGCCCACCUGCAGCUACAUCUGUCAGCUCCAUUUCUGUGACCAGGAGUCCUUGUCUGUCUGUGGGUGUGUGUUGUGUGAGUCAUGAAGGCCUCCUAUCCGUUCUAGCAGCAGACACAGGUGGGACUGUAUCUUUAGCACCACCUGAAGAUUGUCUGCACCUCAAUCCUUGGCUGAUGCAAGAUGCUUGUAUUUAAUUGGGCACGGACUCUCAAUAUUGAAGUGAAGCACAGAAGAAGGAACUGAGUGACAAUGAGUGAGAAUUUGUUGGAGAGAUGGCCACAUCUGCGAUUGUGGGAUCUUUUCAUACGUUGUGAAGAGACUGCCCUCUGCUGGACACAUUAGGAAUUGAAUCCACUGCGAGGAGUUGAAACCUGACUAUCCAUUGCCAUAGAGCUGUAUUCCGGUCAUUCCGAGUCCCAGCCAGGAAGAUUCCAUUUCAUUACCUACACCUCCGUCAACAACUGUCAACAUUUUUUUGUAGUGGCACAUGACUACAGAAAGCCUCAAGCUCACCAGUCAGCUGGUCUGACUGGUGGCCCUCAAGUGACUGUAUCUGUAUAUGCAAACGAUUUAUUCUAGAAAUUCGACCUUGGUUCUUCAUUUACUCUGUAUUAUUUCUACUCAGGCCAACAAAUGGAAGCAAGUUUUGAGAACAUAUAUCGAGUGUAAUGACGCCUAUGAAGUGGCCACAGUUUCAAAAAGCUAUAAUGCAUCAUAUAUAUUGUCAUCUGAAAGUAUUUUAUGUAUUGAAGAUCCACCUUUGUGAUCAUUUCGUUUGUAUUUAUUUUCUCGUUUCACAAAAGAGGCAGCCCACCCGACUUACAUUAUUAUGCAUGUAUAGUAUAUAAUGUACAUAUCGUAUUUUUUUGUUGUGUUCAUGUGUCGUGUAAAUCACAAUGGCUGUAGCCUAUACCAGUUCACUUUUUUUUUCUUUUUUUUAAGUUUGACAGCUAACAGUUUACAAUAGUGGAAGAGGGACCUUGUGCAGCUCCUCAUGGAGCGGUGAAACCUCCUCACACUGUGUUAUUACUGAGGAUCAGAUAAUACAUGAUGUUAUACGAAAGAAAAACAGGACAUUAACUCUUCGAAAAAUGAAACAGACAAGAUACUGGAAUUUUCCAACUGGGUGAAUGCUGACUGGAAUCUGAGGACCGUUUUCCCACAGACAGAUCAAACCAACCCACAGCCAGAGCUUUACUCACUGGGUGCAUCUUUUAGGUUUAAACAUGGUUUGAUCUUUCUUUGAGGAAACUGCUCCUGAAUACUUUGAUGUAGACUUUGAAUAAAAAUACAUGCUGAUCAGAAAA